AUGAGGAUUAGAGGCAGAGAGAUUCUCCUUACCCAUGAUCGCAACAGAGAUUAUUGAUCGGGUCGGAAACAGAUCCAAUGGUUCGAAAUAAUUUCCAUCCAAUAGUCCAUGCAUUGCCUUCUCAUACCAAAAACAGAGAUUAUUGGAUGAGCAUCCAAAAUGGCAGUAAGAUCGCUUGCCUCUAAAAGCAGAAUCUUGUGCUCUGUCUUCUAUUCUCUCCACAGCCCCUACUCCCAUCUUCGUCCUCACUCUCUCUCCCUUCUCACUCCACUCAAUGCGAACCAGUCAUCACCAGAACUUGUGAAUGAGAUCUCUCGCAUUCUCAGUGACCACAGAAACCCCCAUCAUGACUUGGAGCUUUCUCUCAACACUUACUCUUCAAAGAUAUCUACCGACUUAGUAGAGCAAGUCUUGAAACGCUGCAAGAAUCUUGGAUUCUCUGCGCACAGAUUUUUCCUUUGGGCUAAAAGAAUUCAAGGUUUUGAGCAUAGUGUAGAAAGCUAUCACGUUUUGGUGGAUAUAUUGGGUGCUAGUAAGCAGUUUGCUAUUUUAUGGGAUUUCUUGAUGGAAAUGAGAGAAUGUCGAGAUUUUAAUAUAACCCCACAAACUUUUUGGCUUGUUUUUAGAGCUUAUAGUAGAGCUAAUUUACCAGGUGAUGCAAUUCGUGCUUUUGACAGAAUGGUUGAGUUUGGUUUAAAGCCUGCCAUUGAUGAUCUUGAUCAGUUGUUGUAUGUGUUAUGCAAAAGGAAGCAUGUGAAGGUUGCCCAGCAAUUUUUUGAUAGAGUUAAGCGUCAAUAUGAGCCUAAACUGAAAACUUAUAGCAUUUUGGUCAGGGGAUGGGGUGAUAUUGGCGAGUCAGAGUCAGCAUGUAAGGUGUUUGACGAAAUGCGUGACAAACAAUUUGCGGUGGAUGUGCUUGCUUAUAAUUGCUUGUUAGAGGCUUUUUGCAAGGGAGGAAGAGUCAGUGAAGCCUAUAAGAUGUUUCGAGAAAUGAGUUCAAAUGGAAUUGAGCCAGAUGCUUGUAGUUAUUCGAUUUUCAUUCGUGCGUAUUGUGAGGCAAAUGAUAUUCAUUUGGCUUUCAGAGUGCUUGAUGAAAUGCGGCGAUAUGAUCUCAUGCCUAAUGCGUUCACUUAUAAUUGCAUCAUCAAGAAACUUUGCAAGAAUGACAAGGUAGAAGAGGCUUAUCAACUUUUGAAUGAGAUGAUUGAGAGGGGAGGUAGCCCUGAUGCAUGGAGUUACAAUGCAAUAUUAGCUUAUCAUUGUGAGCAUUCUGAGGUCAAUAGAGCUACUAGGCUGAUCUCUAGAAUGGUGAAAGAUAAUUGCUCACCGGAUCGACAUAGUUAUAACAUGUUGCUCAAACUGCUGAUAAGAGUUGGGAGAUUUGAUAGAGCAACUGAAGUUUGGGAGAGUAUGGCGGAGAGGGGAUUUUGUCCUUCAGUCUCAACAUAUGCUGUUAUGGUUCAUGGUUUGUCCAAGAAACAUGGUAAACUAGAGGAGGCAUGUAAGUACUUUGAGAUGAUGAUUGAUGAAGGAAUACCGCCAUAUUCCUGUACCGUUGAGAUGUUGAGAAACAGGCUAAUAGGGUUAGGAUUGUUGGAUAAUAUAGAGAUACUUGCAGGUAAAAUGGAGCGAAGCACUUCUUGUUCAAUACAAGAGUUGGCAAAUGCAAUGAGAGGCAGUAAGGUCCACUGGAGAUCAAGAAAUGAAGAAACAGAAUUUGAAAGUGACUGAAGUAUUGGGUACCAUCAAUUAAUGAUAUAGGCAUUUUAUAUUUGGGGAGUCAAAUCGUACUUCUCUCUGCUCCUCCCUUGAACCAAAAGGUGAAAAAAUCCAGCUUUCUGGUUUGAUAUCUCCUGCCAAUUGCUUAAUCAUGAUAUUUCUGUAGCAUGGGUAAAUGCCAUAAUAUCUGACUUGUUCAUUUGGGACCUUGUGGGAGAUAGAUGAACUUCUGUGCAAUUAUGUUGCAUUUGUUUAUUCA